AUGUGGCAAGUGAACAUGAUUUCUCCGAAUUUGCCUUGUCAUCAAAGAGUUGUCGCCGUAUCUGGCGACGAACUCAAGGCUCGGUUUUCAACAUACAAAGCCUUGGUUGCGGACAACUCAAGCCUUCUGGUGUCGGAGACUUUUAGCAUGCACCUACGCGGGUGCUUAGAAAAAUCGACAACCUUGACACCUUUGGACUUGCGCAUUAUUCAACGAGCUUUUUACUUGACCCACGACAAGAAAGAGUAUGAUUCCUUGGCUGGCGCCGCCUUAUCAAUCAAAUCGAUUUCCGAUUCGGGAUUAAGAACCUCGAACCGCUUCAUGGUAGCGGAAGCAUCAUGGCCAAGGCUCUUACAGGCACUCAGUGGAGCCAGCAGACUUGUGGCCCUGAUUACUGUGGUAAUAUUGGCACAGAAAUACUUUUCACAAAUGCGCAAUACAGCAAGCAGUCUUCAAUCCAAUUUGAACCAUUUAGAGGAUCUCCAUGUUUGUACGGCUUUCAGAACCCCAAACCCAACUCAUAUUUUGGAUACACCUACCUGGGUCACUACGCUUAUCCAUGUUGCUCCUCGCCUAGAAACACUUACUAUCUCGCAAGACUAUUAUGUUGGAGAGCUUCCUAGAAAAUUACAAUUCAAUCACCUUAAAGAGCUCCAUAUCCAUAAGAUUUCGAUCAACUCCGAGGAUCUGAAAAUUAUAUCUCAUGAAAGCCAAGGAAACCCUCACUGUUUUCACGCUAUUUGA